UUUCACUGAGCUCUCUGUUCUUUUUUCCUCUGCUUUGGUCUUUUUUUUAUUUACAAUUUUCUUUACUUUUUUAAACUACUGUGCCAAUUCAUGCCUCAGAAUGGACAGCUUUGAAGCCAAAACUAAUCACGACCCUCCUCUCAAAACUCAGAGAGUUAUGCUAAUCCUCCAAAUUUUGUUGAGAAUUUUGGCUUUUGCUUUCACUUUAGGUGCGGUAUUAAGAAUUAUGACAAGCAAACAGGUUCUAUUUCUUGGAUUUGAUGCCCGUUACACCUAUUCUCCUUCUAUGAAAUUUUUUGCAUAUGCGAAUGUCAGUGGAUGUGCCUUAUCUGUUGUUUCUCUGUUUCUUGCUUUGAUGUGCUGUCAAAAACCUCGCGAUUCCAACAAGUAUUUUUACUUGUUCCUGCAUGAUUUGUUUGUGUUUGGAGUGCUGGUGGCUGGAAGUGCGGCAGCAACAGCAAUAGGAUAUGUGGGUAAAUAUGGGCAGAAGCAUUCCGGUUGGGAGCCAAUCUGUAUUUUUGUUACUAAAUUCUGUCACAAAGUUACUGUCAGUUUGACAUUAUCUUACAUUGCCAUUAUUAUCUACCUUUGCCUCACUAUAAUCUCGGCAAACCAGUCAAGACAGAUUAAAGCUUAAAAUGUAUAUCAUCAAAAGACAGAAUGAUGAAUACAUAUAUUUCAAUAUUUCAGCGUUAAAUGUAGUGGGGUAUUUGCAGGUGAAGAAUUAAUGUUAUACUAAAUGUAAUUUGCAUGGA